CCGUUACAUCGACGCUCCAGCUUUAUGUAACCGUGCAUAAUGCACAUUUUAUUGUACCGAAUUAUUUAUUCGCUAUUGAGCGAAUGUUUAUCGUGCGUGAUAUGGAUUUUGCAGGAAGUUGCCGGACAAUUAUUGGACACGGAGUUCCAGCCGACGGUGACGGCAACAUGCAAGGGCGGCUACAUGACGAUACGCGUCAAUCUCAAUCAGAGUUUCGUAGGCGCGGUCCAUGCUCGGGAUCAUCGAACCCCGCAGUGCAUGGUAUCCGGCAACGGCACCACGCAUGCCACCCUGGGCAUCAACCUAUUCGCGUCGCAGGACAGUCCCGAGUACUGCGGAGUCCUCGUGAACAACCACACAGAAGAACGUUCCAUUCCCAUUGCUGUUAGAAUACAUAAAACUUUGGAGCUGGCGGACGACAAGUUUUAUGUCAUUACGUGCGGAAAAGCGGGCUUCAAAAAUGCCAAAAAUGAAACUUCGCUGGUCUCCUUGCGCUUUCUGGAUGAAGGUGUCAGAGUACAAGAAGUUAUAUACGGUCACAACUACACUCUGCGUGCCGAGAUUUCACGCCCAGACGGAAUGUACGGGAUUCGAGUUAAGAAUUGCUUCGCAUUCAACAAGCUCAAUUCCAGUGUACAGCUUAUAGACGAGAAAGGCUGUCCCGUGAAAGUUCGGAUGACGAAAUUCAUAUACGAUCGAAGCACCGGUAUAGCGGAUGCCACAUUGUUCUCGAUGUUCCGGUUUGCCGACAGUUCAGAGGUGCAUUUCCAAUGCGACAUCGCCGUGUGCAGAGGAAGUUGCGGUAUCCCUGUAUGCGAAGGAGACAAAGAAGAACUGAUUAAGGGUGGCUCCUCUACUAACGGACAAAGUAUUAGUAGCGAAGAAGGAGUACUACUUGCCGGAACAAGUGUUUUUGUUCUCCAACCAGGCGAAAAGCGAGUUGUACAAACAUUGUACGAUGACGGCAGCGUGCACCCGCUAUGGCUCCUGUGGCUGGCGGUAGCGCUCGGGAUAUUAUUCCUCAUCAUGCUCAUUAUCAACAUAUUCCUAUGUUCGGCAAUGACCUGUAGCUGCACCCGGACCGACAUUAUCGAGAAGGAGCCGUCAAUCAUCGAGGAUUACGAUCCGUACCGCAGCUGGCACGGCUCUCAAUACGGGUCGAGGUAUUCGUUAAACGGAAAGCAGGGAUACGCCUCCGGAGGAUCUACCAUGAAUUCUACGAGGUCGAUAUCGACGAAUAGCGAUCACUAUGCAAUAGUACAUUCCCGGCCAGGAAGCAGAUAUUCUGGUCCUGGACAAAAACAUCAUCAUCAUCACAGAGGACCGCCGUCUAACAUCGGUUCACACUAUUCCGGGAAGUGACGUUUCCGUUAGCUUCAUUUAUCAAAAACUAUAGAAUUUCAUUGUCUUCAUUAAUUUUACUUCGUUACUUUAAAUAAACACGAAUUUUACGCGCUGUUAGUGACAUUAUUCCAAUCGCACGAAUAACAAGGAUUUGGUUUAAGCGUAAAAUAUCGCCGAUAUAAUUUUAAAAUCUUUUUUAUAUAUCAGCACUUUCUUGAUCGCAUUAUUUAAGAGAUAGGUUUAAGUCGAUGAUCAUCGUAUUUGCUGUGCAUUGAGACAAAUAUAAUUAAAAAAUUGUUACAACAUAUAAAUAAUCGGUUAUUUAGAAAUUUAUAUAAUACAUAAUAGCUUGUCCAUGAUUAGCAAUGCGUAUAGAUUUCGUGCACAUAAUACAUCAAGAAAGUGUUAAUAUAUAAAGUUCGAUAUCUAGUGUGAGAUAAAUGCUAAUUUUCAUCUUUUGCAACAAUCUGAAAUUUUCUGUCCAUAUGAAAAAUAGAAAAAAAAAAAUAUAUGAUACCAAUAUAUUUUUCCGUUUGCCUUACAAGAAAGUUUUUAUUUUAUCCUUUUGCACUUGUUAAUAGUAUCAACGACAAUAAGCAAUGCCUGAUCGAUUCGGUAAAUGUGGAUCAAGUAUAUUAAUGAGAUAAAAUUUUCUAUAGAUAAGCGCGAUAUAUAAAACUCCGCAUCUAGACAUCGGUAUUUUUAUGUUUAGCUUCAUCAUUCGUAAAUCGAUUCUCUCGUGUGCUAGACUGCGUAUAUGUAUCAUAAUAUAUAUAAUAGUCAUAAGCAUAGGCAUUAGCAUUUAUAAAACUGCGCAAAACAUUGAUCCUGAUUAAGAAAUAUACUAGUUAAAUGCUUUUUGUACAUAAAUCCAUUAAUCUAAAAACA